AUGUCCGCCCGUGCCGCCGAAGACCCCCAGCACGACUCGAAGAAGCAGAAGACCACCGUUCAGAAGAAGGUGUGCCUCAUCGUUCACGAUGGUUGGGGUCUUUCCGACAACGAGAAGGGCAACGCCGUCUUCCACGGUGACUCGACCAGCAUGGACGCCAUUCGCGACAACCACAACUUUGUUCCCCUUGCCGCCCACGGUCUCGCUGUCGGCCUCAAGGAUGGGCUUAUGGGAAACUCGGAGGACAUUGUCCGCAUUGACCAGUCCAUCAAGACGGACGAAUUUAAGAACCAGCCCUCUAUUGUCGCCUCGCUCAAGCAUGCUAAGGAAACCAACGGCCGUCUUCACCUCAUGGGUCUCCUCUCGGACGGCGGUGUUCACUCUCACAUCACCCACCUCCUGGCUCUUGUUCGUGCGGCCAAGGAGCAGGGUGUUCCCCACGUCUACAUCCACGCCUUUGGUGAUGGCCGUGACACUGCUCCCAAGUCAGCCACCAAGUAUGUCCAGGAGCUCCUUGACGCUCUCAAGGACAUUGGUUGCGGCGAGCUGGUCACGUUUGUCGGCCGCUACUACGCCAUGGACCGUGACAAGCGUUGGGACCGCGUGAAGGUGGCCGUCGAUGCCCUCGUCCAGGGCGAGGGUGACAAGGCCGACGACCCGGUCAAGGCUCUUGAGGAGUCGUACGCCAACGGUCUCUCUGACGAGUUUGUCAAGCCCCUCAUCUUUGGCGAUGCGUCAACUCGUAUCCAGGACAAUGACACCGUGUUCACGUACAACUAUCGCUCAGACCGCAUGCGCGAGAUCACCUCGCUCUUCGCCUUUGAGGACAAGCCCAUCGAUGUCGAGAUCCCCAAGGGCCUCAACAUCACCACCAUGUCUCGCUACAACCCGGAGUGGACCCUCCCCGUCGCUUUCCCUCCUGUGUCCAUGGACAAUGUCCUGGCAGAGUGGCUCGGCAAGCAGGGCGUCAAGCAGAUGCACAUUGCUGGCAAGUUUAAGUACGCCCACGUCACCUUCUUCUUCAACGGCGGUGUGGAGCAGCAGUACACGGGCGAGGAGCGUGGCAUGGUGCCCUCUCCCAAGGUGGCUACCUACGAUAAGCAGCCCGAGAUGAGCGCACAGGCUGUGGCCGACAAGGUCGCCGAGGUCGUCAAGACCAACGAGUUUGAAUUUGUCAUGUGCAACUUCGCGCCCCCCGACAUGGUUGGUCACACUGGUGUCUAUGACGCUGCCGUCAAGGCCAUCUCUGCCACCGACGCUGCUGUGAAGACCGUCUACGAUGCCUGCGAGGAGGCUGGCUAUAUCCUUUGUAUCACCUCCGACCACGGCAACGCUGAGCAGAUGCUGGACCCCGAGACUGGAAACCCACACACUGCCCACACCACUAACCCUGUUCCCUUCAUCGUGACUGGUGAGAAGGGUCUCAUCAAAACCGAUGUUACCGACGGUGCCCUGGCGGAUGUGGCGCCUACUAUUCUGGCUAUCAUGGGUCUUCCCCAGCCUGACGAGAUGACCGGCAAGUCGAUUGCAAAGUAA